AUGAUUAGCACAGAUGAACUAAGAACUAUCGUUGGGAUCAUCGGAAAUAUCAUCUCCUGCUUCUUGUUUCUCUCCCCCGUGCCAACGUUCUUUAAGAUAUACAAAGCUAAAUCAGUUCAAGACUUCAAGCCAGAUCCAUAUCUAGCAACAGUGUUGAACUGCAUGAUGUGGGUUUUCUACGGUCUCCCCAUUGUCCAUCCCGAUAGCACUUUGAUCAUUACCAUCAAUGCCAUUGGUCUCUUCAUUGAGACCGUUUACGUAACCAUUCUUCAUCUACUCCAACACAAGAAGCGAAGAAGGAUCUUGUUAUGCAUUUUGCUCGAAGCCAUCUUCAUGGCAGCUGUAGUUGUGAUUACAUUGAUUGUGUUUAAAACCACCAAGAAAAGGUCCAUGUUUGUGGGAAUAUUGUGCGUGGUCUUCAACAUUGGAAUGUAUGUUUCGCCAUUGACGGUCAUGAGUAUGGUGAUUAAGACAAAGAGCGUCAAGUACAUGCCAUUCACUCUCUCCCUUUUCAACGUCUUGAAUGGAAUUGUUUGGAUGAUUUAUGCAUUGCUCAAAUUUGAUAUUAAUGUCUUGAUUCCGAAUGGAUUGGGAAGCCUGUCAGGCAUGAUACAGCUCAUACUUUAUGCUUGGUUCUAUAAAACCAAUUGGGAUGACGAUGAAAAAGCGACUCAAAAGGUUCAACUUUCCGAGAUUUGACAACUCCAUCGAGUU